GGUGAAAGUUUCAAACUUUUGAUUCAAAUUCCGGGGAGGGAUUAGGGUUUAUGAAAGCAAAAGAAGAAACUUUGAAGAAUUUGGGAGAUGGAGUGGGUUUAAGACCAGUUGAUCAUUGUUCUAGCAUUUGGAGUAUGAAGAUGAACAUGAAGAACUUUCUUAAGAAACUUCAUAUCACGCCGAAUCAAUCAGAUGAUGCUGAAGGAUCAGUUUCAACAACAACGACUAGGAGCAAUCAUCAUAAGUCUAUCGAUGUAUCAACAUCAUCAUCACCGAGGUCUCAUCACAGCAAUAGCCCUGAAAUCAAACCUUUUUCUGGUUUAUCGAAUUGGUUAAGCUCUGUUGGUCAUAGAAAAAGCCCUAGUCCACCUAAUUCUUUCAAUGCCAAGAACAGAGCCGCCUUGGCUAAUAAUAACAAGGUCUUGGAACAUGGUGAUGAUCAUGUUGUUGUUAAUGGGUCCGAAAGUGUGGACCAGCAGGAUUUAGGUUCCAAGGAUCCAGCUGUUGAAGAAGAGAAUCAGAUACAGCUGGCUUUAGAGUUAAGUGCUAGAGAAGAUCCUGAGGCUACUCAGAUUGAGGCUAUUAAGCAAUUCAGUUUAGGCUCUUGUGCUCCUGAGAACUCUCCAGCCGAACUCAUCGCUUAUCGGUACUGGAAUUACAAUUGUCUUGGCUAUGAUGACAAGAUCUUGGAUGGUUUUUAUGACUUGUAUGGAGUGAUGAAUGUAUCCUCAUCAGAAAGAAUACCUCCUUUGCUCGAUCUUCAAGGGACACCUGUUUCAGACGGUGUCACAUGGGAAGCUGUUCUUGUGAACAGAAGUGGGGAUUCUAAUCUGUUGAGGCUUGAACAGAUGGCUCUUGAUAUUGCUGCUAAAUCAAGAUCAGUUUCUUCCUCUGGUUUUGUGAACAGUGAAUUGGUAAGGAAACUGGCUAUUUUGGUUGGAGAUUACAUGGGUGGACCAGUCGUGCACCCUGAUAGUAUGUUGAGAGCUUGGAGGAGUCUUAGCUAUAGUCUGAAAGCAACUCUUGGAAGCAUGGUUUUGCCACUUGGUUCUCUAACUAUUGGUUUGGCUCGUCACCGUGCCUUGUUAUUCAAAGUAUUGUGUGAUAGUGUUGGUGUUCCUUGUCGGAUAGUCAAAGGACAGCAAUAUACUGGUUCUGAAGAUGUGGCAAUGAACUUUAUUAAGGCUGAUGAUGGCAGGGAGUACAUUGUUGAUCUCAUGGGAGAUCCCGGUACGCUUAUUCCAGCUGAUGCAGCUGGACUACAAAUAGACUAUGAUGAAUCUGCCUACUCCGCUAGUCCUGGAGACAAUGGUUCAUUUCAUGUAGCUUCUUCCAGCAAUGGGAUUGAGAGCUCAUUUGAAGAGAAUGCAGAGUUUCGAACAGCGGAAGAUCAUUCUAGUACCAAGAGUUCUGGGGUGAGAAACCAAUCCGGAGGUGAAGGCAAUCUCAUUGUUCAUCCAAAUAUUUCUAGGGAAGAAGUGAGAAACCAGAGGAAUGUUGAAAAGGCUCCAUUUCAAAAUCUGUCUAGCAGGCCCAUUCAUUCUUUCACCCAUAUGAGAUCACCUUCUUGGACUGAAGGUGUUAGCUCCCCAGCUGCGCAGAGGAUGAAAGUCAAAGAUGUUUCACAAUAUAUGAUUGAUGCUGCCAAAGAGAAUCCACGGUUAGCUCAGAAGCUUCAUGAUGUAUUACUUGAAAGCGGAGUUGUAGCUCCUCCCAGUUUAUUUUCCGAAGUUUAUCCCCAGCAAUUGGAGGCAACUGUUGAAAGCAAAAACUCGACUGAAGCCAAGAAAGAGAAAGGAAAAGAUUUAGAGACAGCUCAGGAAGGAAGACACCAAAACGGUUUUGGUCCAGUGAGGUUUUUGCCUCCAUUACCCAGAGUGCACUCUAAAACAAAUGCACAUGAUCAACGUGAUAAUGGCAAAGUUGUAAGUCAGUCUGAUUCUUCUCAUUCUGAAGCAUCUUCGACAGAAUAUGCCAGAACCGUUCCUGCUGCUGUAGCUGCAGCUGCUGUUGUUGCAUCUUCAAUGGUUGCUGCUGCUGCUGCCAAGUCUGCAAGCUCAGACUCCUCCCCCGCAGAACUUCCUGCUGCAGCUGCUGCCACGGCCACUGCUGCUGCAGUUGUGGCAACAGCUGCGGCCGUGUCCAGGCAACUUGAAUUAGGCUCGAAUAGCGACGGGGAUGCUGGUUCUGGUGGGCAUGAUCCUCAAGGUAGUGGGGACUCUAAUCAUGAGCCAAAUUCAGGAGGGGAAAGAAUAUCUGACAGAUCUAUUGACAACGAAAGUUCCAAGUCUGACUGUGAUGAUGUAUCUGACUGUGAGAUUUUGUGGGAAGAAAUUACUUUGGGAGAACGUAUUGGACUCGGAUCUUAUGGAGAAGUGUAUCGAGGAGAUUGGCACGGGACUGAAGUGGCUGUCAAGAAGUUCCUUGAUCAAGAUUUAACAGGAGAAGCAUUGGAGGAAUUCAGAAGUGAGGUCCGAAUCAUGAAAAAGCUUAGACAUCCCAACAUUGUUCUCUUCAUGGGAGCUGUGACUCGUCCACCGAAUCUCUCAAUUGUUACAGAGUUUCUUCCUAGAGGUAGCUUGUAUAGGUUAAUCCACCGGCCAAAUAACCAAUUAGACGAGAGGAGGCGUCUAAGAAUGGCCCUUGAUGCUGCUCGUGGAAUGAACUAUUUGCACAGCUGUAAUCCGAUGAUUGUCCAUCGCGAUCUAAAGUCCCCAAACCUUCUAGUUGACAAAAACUGGGUCGUGAAGGUGUGUGAUUUUGGGUUGUCUAGGAUGAAACACAGUACUUACCUCUCUUCAAAGUCAACAGCAGGCACGGCUGAAUGGAUGGCUCCAGAAGUGCUUAGAAACGAACCUGCUGAUGAGAAGUGCGAUGUUUAUAGCUACGGUGUGAUUCUUUGGGAACUCUUUACGUUACAACAACCGUGGGGAAAGAUGAACCCGAUGCAAGUUGUUGGGGCAGUUGGGUUUCAGCACCGACGUCUUGACAUUCCUGACUUUGUCGAUCCAGCAAUUGCAGAUCUCAUCAGUAAAUGCUGGCAGACGGAUUCAAAGUUAAGGCCAAGUUUUGCAGAGAUAAUGGCUUCUCUAAAGCGGCUACAGAAACCUGUAACAGAAAAAUCUCCGAAAAUGGCGACUCUCUUCACUGCGACGGUUCCUUCUCACCACCGUUUCGUCUCUCCUUCCCAACAUCCGAAACAGAGUCUUCCAUCGCAGUCGCUAAGCGUCACUUUCACGGAGAAUCCAGAACCAGCGGCGGCGGUCACAUUGCAAGAGCAGCAAAUGACGGAUUGGAUUGCUUCUCCGGUGACGCGACGGUUCGGAAUCGGCGCCGGAUUUACCUGGGCUGGGUUUUUAGCUGUCAGCGUUGUCUCCCAGCAGAUGAAGAAGUCACGACUCGAUAUGUUUCAGGAAGACGAUAACACAAGAGGUUUAGAAAAGCAAGAAGAGAUCGUCUUACCAAACGGCAUAAGGUACUAUGAUCUACAAGUUGGAAGUGGAGCUACUCCAAGCUCAGGAUACUUGGUAGUGUUUGAUGUAAAGGGACAAGUACACGGAACCGAACAAGUGUUUGUCGACACAUUUGGAGGCAAAGAAAAGUCACUAGCAAUGGUAAUGGACUCAAGACCGUAUAGCAAGGGACUAUGCCAAGGUAUAGAGUAUGUUCUCAGGUCAAUGAAGGCUGGAGGUAAACGUAGAGUGAUCAUUCCACCGUCCUUAGGAUUUGGAGACAAAAAUGUCGAAUUUGGACAGGUACUCGAUUCGCAUUUUCUGGCUCUCACUGCAAUUGUCACUGUGGUUUACCAAUUCAUAUUCUUCGUAAUCACAGCUCUUUUCAAAUUUGAUCAAGUCACUGACUUUGCUGGUAGCACAAACUUCGUCAUACUUGCUGUGUUAACACUUGUUCUUAAAGCCACUUGGCAUUUUCGGCAGAUAGUCUUGACUUUGCUAGUUGUGGUAUGGGGUCUUCGCUUGGGGAUAUUCCUUCUAAUGAGGAUCUUGCAAUGGGGCGAAGAUCGACGCUUUGAUGAACAGCGUGGAAAUAUAGUGAGACUAAUCAUUUUCUGGACUCUUCAGGCCGUGUGGGUUUGGACGGUUAGCUUACCUCUAACAGUUGUUAAUGCAAGUGAUGGUGGAGGAUCUCUUAAACCCGCAGAUGUUAUCGGUUGGACUAUGUGGGUUUUCGGUUUCUUGAUUGAAGCUGCAGCUGAUCAACAGAAGCUUUCUUUUAAAAACUCUCCGGAAAACAGAGGAAAAUGGUGUGAUGUUGGUGUGUGGAAGUAUUCAAGACAUCCAAACUACUUCGGUGAGAUGUUACUGUGGUGGGGGAUCUUUGUGGCUGCAUCGCCUGUGCUUGAAGGUGCGGAGUAUCUUGUCAUAUUCGGACCACUCUUUCUCACUUUGCUACUUCUGUUCGUCAGUGGCAUACCAUUACUCGAGGCAUCGGCUGACAAAAAACAUGGAAACUCAGGAGCUUACAGAUUCUACAAGAAGACAACAAGUCCUCUGAUUCUGUUCCCGAGAGGAGUGUAUGGGAACUUACCAGGAUGGUGCAAGACGGUCUUUCUCUUCGAGUUUCCAUUUUACAGCCGAAAUCUCCCUCAAGAGAAAGUUAGGGUAGACUCCAAGAACAGCAAAGAGAAAGAAGUAAAAGAUGACUGAUUUGUGAAACUAAUAUUGAGUUAUUGUUUUCUACAACACUCUUUAAUAAAAUUGGGUAAAAAAUUUGCUUGUAAGAAACUGAAUUUGUUUGAAAUAUUGGACAAGUCUUGACAGAACAGGAUCUCAGUUGUGAUUGGUCAUUUUUUCAUGUGAUUAUUAUAUGAUUAAAAUUCAUGUACUCAA